AUGAGCCGCAAAGUUUCAUCCACAUCAUCAGCCAUUGUCAGAGGCUGGCAACCACAUUGCAGGCAUCAUCUUCGUUUCCAGCUACCUCAAAUUGCCGUAGCCGCUACUGUCAUUUUUGGUUUGCUAUUCUCCAGCAUUUGUGUCAGUGGGCAAAUUGAUGGUUAUGUAGCUGGUGUCGAUUAUCCAACAUAUGAUUCGGUGCCUAAAGGUUUAUCAUUCAAGUGCCAAGGUCGAGCACCCGGAUACUAUGCCGACACAGAGACUAGAUGCCAGAUUUGGCAUUGGUGUCUUCAUUCGGGUCAUCAAUAUUCAUUUGUUUGUCCGAAUGGCACAGUUUUUAAUCAGGCCGUUCGUGUCUGUGAUUGGUGGUCCAAUGUCAAUUGUCCGGCCUCGGAACAAUUGUACGAAAACAACGAUGAACUCUAUCGGACAGCUGACGAAGUUAUCAACAACAACAAUAAUGGCGAUGGUGACAAUAGCAUUUGA